CAGUAGGCCGGUUGGCCCAUGGCCCAUAGCCAGUGUUGCAUCUCACCCGCGCCACUGGCGAGGUAUCAUCCCCAAUUCCCCCAUUGACGUUGCAGCGGCGGUGGUUCCCCAUGGCCUCCGAGCAGCCACCAAGUGCGCCGGCGGCGGAACCCGCUGCUACGACCUUAACCGGCCUCGGCGGCGACCUCCUCCGCGAGAUAUUCCUCCUCCUCCCGUCCCUGCCGACCCUCGUGCGCGCGGCCUUCGCCUGCCGCACCUUCCUCGACGCCGUCCGCUCGUCCCCCGCCUUCCGCCGCCGCUUCAGCGAGCUGCACGCGCAGCCGCUCCUGGGAAUCUUCUUCGACCCCGACGGCCCCGCCAUCCCGGCCUUCGCGCCCGUCCGCCGCCGGGACGACCCGGACCUGCGGGCCGCCGUCCGGCGCGGGGACUUCUUCCUCACCGGCCUCCCCGACGACGACGACGACGCGCGUCCCGGCUGGGUCAUCAGCGACUGCCACGACGGGUACGUGGUCCUGGAGCACAUCUACACGCGGGAGGCGCUCGCGUACAACCCGCUCACGCUGGCCCUGGAUCUCCUGCCGCCGCUGCCGGAGGAGUUCUACGAGGGCUUCCAGGGCCACUACAACGGCCUCGACUACCACAUCCACGCCGCCCCCGAGGAGUGCCGCGACCACGGGGCGUUCCGCGUGAUCUACGCUUGCCACGACGACUCGCGGGCGCGCGCGGCGGUCUUCUCGUCGGACUCGGACGCCAGGGCGUGGCAGGUCCUCCCCUAUUCCGAAGCUCUGAGGACCAUCCCGGAGUCCGGCGAGCGCGAGCACUGGCUCACCGCUGGCAGGAUCGUGGACGGGUUCGUCUACUGGGUGUACUCGGAUGAGGCCGCCAUGCUCGUGCUCGACACCACCACGCUGCACUUCUCUCGGGUCGAUCUCCCAGACUACCUGAAAGGACAGACGAGCAUGUUCAGGGUUGGCAAGACCAGGGAUGGGGUGCUCUGCGUCGUCGUCGCGAUCGAAUUCAACCUUUAUGUUUGGCUCCGGAACGUUCGCGAUGACGGCGUCGAGGCGUGGGUGAGAGGCCAUCGGUUUCAGUUGGACGACAUUGUUGAGGACACCGGGGGAACACUGGAGGAACACGGCCAGCUCAAGGUUGUGAGCGUUGUCGAUGGAGUUGUCUACUUCUCUACCCAUGAGACCUUCGAAGAUGCCAAUCUUCCCUGCUGGUUCCUGUCCAUAGACCUGGAGGAGAACGCCCUGGACAUGCUCUUUCAGAGGAACUAUGACAGUCAUGUCCAUCCCUACAUUAUGCCUUGGCCCCGUUCUUUGGUUCGCGACAAGGCGUGUCUUCAAGUUGAAGGUGCUUGAUGAAAUGUAGACAAGGAUGCCUCCUUUGGGAUGUCGUAGCAACUAUAAGUCCUGAACACGAUGGAUGGAUCAUAUGGGAAGGUCUGAAGUGUAUCUGUAUCUGCAUCUUAGAGAUGUCAAGGAGCAUUGAUACUAAUUUUUGGGGUAUCUGUAUCUGGUUAUGAAUUCUUGGUGAUGUUCAGGAUGUACAAUCAUUGUUAACAUCAUGGAUGGAUCAUAUAUGGUGAUGUUCAGGAUGCCAAGUAUGUAUGCUUUGUUA